CUAUUGGCUGAGACGCUUGGAUGCUGCAGCGUCAUCUGACCACAGCGUCGCGUUCCUCGGGCUCUCUCACCGGUCCCACGCCACUGAAACGUAGCUGUUACCGACACACAACGUCGCAGAACCACGUUGCUACAGCGGUGAAGACACAACAACACCACCCUGCUGCAUCAACAACUCUAAAACCAUGAGGGAAAUCGUGCACAUCCAGGCCGGGCAGUGCGGGAAUCAGAUUGGCGCGAAGUUCUGGGAGGUGAUAAGUGAUGAGCAUGGCAUAGACCCCACUGGCAGUUACCAAGGUGACAGUGAACUGCAGUUGGAGAGGAUUAACGUGUACUACAAUGAAGCAUCCGGCAGUAAAUACGUUCCUCGGGCCAUCCUCGUGGACCUGGAGCCCGGCACCAUGGACUCGGUUCGCUCCGGUCCGUUUGGGCAGCUGUUCCGGCCGGACAACUUUAUAUUCGGUCAAAGCGGAGCCGGGAACAACUGGGCCAAAGGUCACUACACCGAGGGCGCCGAGCUGGUGGACUCCGUUUUGGACGUGGUGCGUAAGGAGUCGGAGAACUGCGACUGUCUGCAGGGAUUCCAGCUCACGCACUCGCUCGGAGGAGGCACGGGCUCGGGCAUGGGCACCCUCCUCAUCAGCAAGAUCCGCGAGGAGUACCCCGAUCGCAUCAUGAACACCUUCAGCGUCAUGCCCUCCCCCAAAGUGUCGGACACCGUGGUCGAGCCGUACAACGCCACUCUGUCCGUGCAUCAGCUGGUGGAGAACACGGACGAAACAUUCAGCAUCGACAACGAGGCUUUGUACGACAUCUGCUUCCGCACGCUGAAACUGACCACCCCGACCUACGGCGACCUCAACCAUCUGGUGUCGGCGACCAUGAGCGGCGUCACCACCUGCCUGCGUUUCCCCGGGCAACUCAACGCCGACCUGCGCAAGCUCGCCGUCAACAUGGUGCCCUUCCCUCGCCUCCACUUCUUCAUGCCCGGUUUCGCCCCGCUGACCAGCAGGGGGAGCCAGCAGUACCGCGCCCUCUCCGUGCCCGAGCUCACCCAGCAGAUGUUCGACGCCAAGAACAUGAUGGCGGCCUGCGACCCCCGCCACGGCCGCUACCUCACCGUGGCGGCCAUUUUCCGCGGCCGCAUGUCGAUGAAGGAAGUCGACGAGCAGAUGUUGAGCGUCCAGAACAAAAACAGCAGCUACUUCGUGGAGUGGAUCCCGAAUAACGUGAAGACCGCCGUGUGCGACAUCCCCCCGCGCGGUCUCAAAAUGUCCGCCACUUUUAUCGGCAACAGCACGGCGAUCCAGGAGCUGUUUAGGCGCAUUUCGGAGCAGUUUACCGCCAUGUUCCGACGAAAAGCCUUCCUUCACUGGUACACCGGCGAGGGCAUGGACGAGAUGGAGUUCACUGAAGCGGAAAGCAACAUGAACGACCUGGUUUCCGAGUACCAGCAGUACCAAGACGCCACCGUGGACGAGAUGGGGGAGUACGAAGAAGACGAGAUGGAAGACGAAGAGGAGGUUCGCCAAGAUGUCCGCCACUGAUCACAAAAAAACGACGUCUCUGGCAAUAAUCCGCGAAAAAAAGUGAUCGUAUGCAGCUUAAUCGUGAAGCAUUUAUUAUAUGAAAAGGUAAAUCAAAAUGGCGGAGGUAACGUUAAGCGAGCGACCGUUUCAAGCUUUGCCAAAUUAACUGGUGUCUUGUCUCCGAUAAAGUUUUGUAAGAUUCAGUGAAGAUGUUUUCUCUGUCAAGUCAUGUGUCAAAUAAAACAGCAAAG